UUUAUCUAAAACAAAUUUUUAUAGUUUCGUUUCAAAUAUUUCUUGUAGCAAUGCCAAAGUGCUGCUCAGUUUAUAGGUGCAAAGGAACAUCAGAAAUCACUCCCGAUAGGAGCUUUCACCACUUUCCACGGGAUUCAAAACUACGAACUGCUUGGAUUAACAGAAUUCGAAGGGUUAACUUCAACCCAACUGAAUAUUCAUACAUCUGCUCCUAUCACUUUACCGACGAGGACUUCAAACAGCCGAACAAGGACUCUCCAGCAAAGUUCAGAAAAUGUACUCUCAAACCAGGCAGUGUGCCUGCAUGGAACUUGCACGGGGAAGUGAACGACGAGAGAAUUCCGAAACGAAAUUCUCAUACAUCUACGAAAGCUCGUUGCAAGCUGGAACUGGAAACACAUAACAUCAGUGAUGGUGAUGACAACCAACAAAAUAGACAGCAGAAUGUUCAAAAUGUUACUGUUGAAGUGUGCCAACCUAGAAAUAAUGAUACGUCCACAGAUAAGGUGUCUGAAAUGGUCCAAAAGGAAAUGGAUACUGAUAUAAUUCAUACAAUUUCGGAGUUGAAAGAUGUCAAGGCUAAACUUCAUGAAGCAAAACAUGAAAACCAACAGUUAGAAGAAAAGCUUUUUAGGUAUAAAAACCUCAAGGAAAAUCUUAUUAAAAGCUACACAGGAUUGGAAGCAUCAGUUUUCGAAACAGUUGUUCAAAUGAUCAAACAAUUCUUUCCUUUAAAAUACUGGUCUGGAAAAGCAGUAACAUUGAUCAGUGUGGAAGAUGAACUGCUUAUCUUCUUGAUGAAACUAUGGUUGGAUCUCCCUUAUUUUGACCUUGGAGCAAGGUAUUCUGUAUCUGUUACAACUAUUCAAAAUAUAUUCCUCACAUAUCUGCAUGCAUUCCAUGAGAUAUUUGUUGAUGGUUGUAUGAGCAAAUUGCCAUCAUUGGAAAAGAACCAGAGUUGCCUGCCAGAGUCUUUUGCAAAUAUUGCAAACUGUCGUGUCAUUAUUGAUUGCACCGAGUUCCGAAUUGAAGCCCCAAGGAAAGACCUUGAAGCUGCAGCACAAGCAUUUAGUAACUACAAGCACUAUUUAUCUGCUAAAUACCUAAUUGGUGUUGCUCCAAAUGGGGCUAUAACAUUUGUCAGCCAAGGGUUUCCAGGCAGUACCAGUGAUAAAGUGGUAACUGAUCAGUCAGGGAUUAUAUCUCAUCUUAAGGCAGGAGAUUUGAUUUUGGCAGACAAAGGAUUUUUGAUCCAUGACCUUCUCCCCAAGAAUGUGUUCUUGAAUUUACCUGCCUUUCUCGCUGGUAAGAGUCAGUUUACAAUAGAAGAAGCAGUAUUCUCAAGGCAAAUAUCAAGAUGCAGAAUACAUGUUGAGAGGGCAAUCGAAAGAUUAAGGAACUACAAAAUUUUAGGUCUGAUAACAGCACCAUUGCGGCCACAUGUUGACAAGAUUAUUCAAGUGUGUGCGGCAUUGGUGAACCUCCAGACACCAAUCAUAUCAGGAAUACUGGAAAAGUAAAUUGCACAAUACUGUCUUAUGAAAAUAAUAUAGAUUAUUGACUGUAUGUGCACAUAUGUACUAAUAUACAAUGUCUACCAUCAUAAAUAUAAUAAAGUAAAGUUGCUAUUAUUAUUGAUAUUAUUAUUUUUUCCCACUGAACUUAUUUG